UAUCUGAGAUAUUAAGAGAGAGAGAGAGAGAGAAAGAGAGAAAGAAAGUAAAAGAACAAGUAGAGACAAAAAGAAAAAGAGACGGAGACAGAGAGAGAGAGAGAGAGAGAGGGAAAGAUCAUAGUCUAAAACAUGAUAUCUCUUUGACUCGUUCAGAUAUCAAAUUAGGCUAAAAAAAUAGAAGGGCCAAUUUAAGAUGACCGACAAGAGGACAUCUCUCGACAUGGGGGUUGCUAUCGCUCGUCAAGAAAGGUCGAUGGAAGGUCAUAAAAGAUCGACCGAUCGUAGAUAAAAGACAAAAGCGACAGAGAAUCGUCGUGAUAUCUCAGAUGUUACGAGCCGAGACGUAUUUCGGGUCAACCCGGUGGAUCCUUCGAACCAAGAGUCGAGUUUUCAGGCUCGGUCAUUGAACUUCCGAGGUCUGCAUGGUCCCAUGGGCCUUCUUCCCCCUUUCUCCUCCCCCUUCCUCCCUCUUCAACUUCUCCUCUCGUCGAAAUAUAACCAAAGUGAGAGAAAAGAAUUCGGAUAUUGAGGUAGGUACGAAUAGGAGUAGGGGAGAGUGUGGUUUAAAGAAAAAAGAAGUAAGAGAGUAAGAAAAAAAUGAAAUGAAACGGGUAAGACGAGAAGAGGAAAGGAAGAAAGAAGAGGAGAGAGAUAGAGCAAGAAAGUUGCUCUCUUGUGUAGGGGAGUCACCGAAUAUAAAUACGAAACUCGGGUCGAAAAGUCAGUAGUCAGGAGGUUCGCGGGCAUGGUAUUGAAUGCUCGGAGCAACUAGUUACAUGUAUUAAGAUGGAGAAAGUCGACGAGUAUUUGAAUGCAAGCAAAUUACAAUAUCACGAUACCUCCGAAAUCGUAGAGGAAUUUGACAAAGAGUUAAGGGAGAUGCAUGGACGAUGCAUCGACCUUGGUUGCGGCCCAGGACAGGUUACUGUAGAACUGAUCUUACCAAGAUUGCCACGGGAAUCCGUGAUAAUCGGAGUUGAUGUAUCAAACGCCAUGUUGGAACACGCAACGAAAAAUUAUCGCGAAAAUCCACGCCUAUCUUUUCUUCAUCUGGACAUUGAAACUUCAAAUUUGCCGCAGGAACAAAUAGCACGAUACGACAAUGCCGUCUCCUUUUACUGUCUUCAUUGGUGUCACAAUACGCGAUCUUUCGCUUACGUGCUUAGGCUGGCCUUCGAGAAUAUCUUCAAAUUACUUCGACCUGGUGGCAAGGCAUUGAUUAUGUUCCUCGCAUACAACGACGGUUUCGAUGCCUACGUCAGAAUACAUGAGAAUCCACGUUAUCAACCGUACAUGCAGGAUGCUCAUAAAUUCGUCCCGUACUUUCAUCGUAGCAACGAUUCGAGAGGCGCUCUUAGAUCCAUCCUCGAGGAUAUCGGAUUCAAUGUUCUGCAUUGCAGCAAACGAGAAAAGAGCUUUGUAUAUCAGAACAUUCAAAGUUUAAAAAAACACGCAUUAGCUGUUAAUCCUUUUAUAUCGAGAAUACCAGAGGGUGAUUUAAAGGAAGAAUUCGAAGACAUUCUGAUCCGAGAAAUUAUCAGCCGAAAAAUUCUAUUUCCAAAUAAGGCCGACAAAUGUCAACAAGAGUAUAGCGUAUUAGAUAGAUAUCACAUUUUGGUGACGUAUAUGGAGAAACCUUAUACUAACGUAACUACGAAAUAAAUAAUAAAAGUAUCUAAUGUCGUUCGAUAAGAGAAAAAAAGAAAGAAAGAACGAUUAAAAAAAAAAAAAAAAAAAAAAAAAAAAAAAGAGAGAGAAAAAAAAGAAAAUAAGGAGGAAAACAAAAUGAGCAAAUGAAAACGAUGUUACAGAUAUCAACGGGUUAUAUCAUAACGCCUUUUAAUUAGAAACCAUUGAUAGAAAUUGAAAUGAUAAAAGGAAAAAAGACAAGAAGAAGAAAGAUAAAGAUUAA